CGCCCCCAGCGAAGUCGGCGCCGGAACUGCUCUAAUGGAAACCAGCCGCCGGGUGCUCCGGGAGGGCUCAGGCCGACCCCGGGGGCCAUUAGAGGCGCCCCAGGCCGAGGGAGCCCGCGGCGGCUGGAAGGACACGAAAGCUAUGUGACCUUCUGCCAGCUGGAGGAUGAGGCUGCCUUCACAUGCAGCGCCGACUGCACCAUCAGGAGGUGGGACGUGCUGACUGGGCAGUGUCUGCAGGUGUACCGAGGACACACGUCCAUUGUGAACAGGAUCCUGGUUGCCAACAACCAGCUCUUCAGCAGCUCCUAUGACCGGACAGCUCGGGUCUGGAGUGUGGACAAGGGGCAGAUGUCCCGGGAGUUCCGGGGCCACCGCAACUGCGUGCUGACCCUAGCCUACUCUGCCCCGUGGGACCUCCCCAGCACUCCCUGCGCGGAGGAGGCCGCGGCCGGGGGGCUCCUGGUGACCGGCAGCACAGAUGGCACGGCCAAGGUGUGGCAGGUGGCCAGCGGCUGCUGCCACCAGACGCUGCGGGGCCACACGGGUGCAGUGCUGUGCCUAGUGCUAGACACGCCCAGCCACACGGCCUUCACAGGCAGCACCGACGCCACCAUCCGUGCCUGGGACAUCCUGAGUGGGGAGCAGCUGCGAGUGUUCCGGGAGCACCAGGGCUCCGUCAUCUGUCUGGAGUGUUCACGGGCAGCGGGGACGCUUGCGCCCGGGCCUUCGACGCGCAGUCUGGAGAGCUGCGGAGGGUGUUCCGGGGCCACACAUUCAUCAUCAACUGCAUCCAGGUGCACGGCCAGGUGCUCUACACCGCCUCGCACGACGGCGCCCUGCGCCUCUGGGACGUGCGCGGGCUCCGAGGUGCCCCGCGACCCCCUCCGCCCACGCGCAGCCUCUCGCGGCUCUUCAGCAACAAGGUGGGCUGUGCCGCCGCGCCCCUGCAGCCGGCCUGAUCCCGCGGGGCCCCUGCAGACGCCAGCCCAGACACCCAGCGGCUCCCAGAGCGCCCCGCCCUGCUACCCGCGGUGGUGGCGCCCGAUGGCCGGCGAGGGGCGAGGAGCGAGGAAGCCCGGGCGGGAGGAGAGCCCGGCGCAGGCGUCUGGUUUUUCUUUGGUGGCCAGGAGGCGCUGGGAGCGGGAGUGCUUCGCCCUGGGGACCGCCCCCUUUUCCCUUUUAGGGUGGCUCCUGUCCUCCCUCCCCAUCCCUGACCUGGCGAAAGGCCUAGUCCUGGGGAUCCUCCCACCUCAGGGGCUGCAGGCGGACUGCCCCAGCUCCCCCAGCCCCACGAAACUGGGCCUUUCCUGCUGAGAGGAAGUGACUUUUUACAGAAGCCACUGAACCUGGUUAUUUUGGCAAAUCGUCCGUCUCGAGGGCCUUGGGGGGAACUGAAAUAUACAGCCUGAAAGUUGAAAGUGCUCCUGUGUCCUCUUUUUGUUUUGCAAACUGAGUCUCAGCUUCUUUUUGGAGCUUGGGAUUCCAGGAACCCAGGGCGGCGGGCCUCCUGCCCUCUGCCUCUCACAACCGGCCUGGGCAGCCUUGGGGGUGACUUGUGGGUGCACUGCGGGGCUGCCGCCAGUGUCACUGGUGCAGGAAGUGGAUGGGGAAGAGGCCAGGGAGCAAGGGAGGAGCUCUUUAGCCUGUGCAGGUGACAGCGGGGACCCUGCUUGGGAGCAGGGUCAUUUUCUGGCAUGUCAUUUUCUGGCAUGAAUCUAGGAAGUCCGUUCAGGGCCUGGAGUGGAAGGAGGGACGGGGGCGGGCAGCAGCCCCACCCCAGGCUCGUGCGCAGGAGCCAGGGCAGCGCCUGGUGCUGGAAGGCGCAACACACACGCCAGAGCCACCGGGCACCCAAGGGGAGCCCUGUGCCCAGGGGCUCGAGGGGCCAGUGGGGCUCAGUCUGCCGAGGGGCCCUGCAGGAGACCCCUCAGCACCCCUCACAGCACCUGAGCGGGGUGCUCUUCAGUCCCUUGAUGGUGCCACUUUCUGCAUCCAUGUGCCCCGGUUGGCCCGGGUGCCAGGAGAGAAGCUGCAGGUGACAGUGUCUGCCGUGGAGAGCUCAUCAUCUCGCUGCAGAGAGAAGCAUCUGCUGCAGGAGCAGCCCCUUCAAGUGGAGCAGCCCCUUCAAGUGGAGCAGCCCUUUCAGGUAGAGCAGCAUGCGCUUCAUAGUCUUAAUGCAGAAGAUACUUCAUCAGAGACGGCCGGGGCGCCAGGGAUCACCUGCUAGGUGAUGGGCGGGUCCGCCCUCGGGCGCGGAUGAACAGGUAGGGAUUGCACUGUGGGCAGUAGGAAGGAAAGGACGCAGGCGCUGUAACUCCUCUAGGCCAAACCUCCAAACCCUGGGAACCAAAGUGCCCCCGACCCCCACCCCAGGAAAAUGGGCCUGUUGGGAGGCAAGCAGAUCGGUGCAGGAGAACCCGCAGAAACGGCACCAUGCACUGUUCUCUGGGUGAGACUUAAGCACACACAGACCUGGGGGGUGGCCAGGUCUUGCUGCGUCCCGGAGCCAUUGGGGCCUGUGGCUGCCACAAGGGGCGUACCUGCCAGAGAGGAGCUUUCCAUCGUGCUGAAGGGACGGUUCCGGUGGCGCAGGCCAGAGAACCGCCUUGAGUGCUGCCUGCGGGCAGUGCUGCCGGCCGGCCCUGAGCCUGCACAGACGUUCACACUGACUCCUGCUUGCCGAAGACACUGCUGCUUGGUGAUGCUGCGCUCUGGCCUGAGCAGCCCCUCACUGACACGUCAGCUCCAGUCCCCACCUUAUCUCCCCACCUUAUCUCCCCACAGCAGAGAAUGGAGCAUGCAUCAAGCCAUCCAGAGAAACCCAGUGGGGCAUGGACCCAAAACACGGGCGCUGCACUCACUUUGCAUUUUUAUAGCAACACACAUUGGGGUAAUUUCUACUUCCAUCGCACAGAGAGCUUUGCGAGAUGUUGAAGACAUAAAGAUGGCCAGAUGUCCAUUUUCUCUCGGUUUCUGAGAGCCUGAGAGACACGGUGAGUGAGAGAGUCUGAUCCCCUGAACCCAGGCCUGGUUCUCUUCCAGCCACACCACUGUCGCCUUGCUAUGAAUGAAGAAACAAGGUGUCUGCUUUUGAUAAAUUGACUGAGUUGGCUAAGGGAGGAAGGACAGGAGCUACCCAUAGGACAUAUGGGCAGGAACACAAGGACAGGGUAAGGCCGUGAUCAGCAUCAAGGACACCUGACCAGUUGUGCACACCAUUGUGCUGGCAUGGGCUGCCCUCACCUGCCUGCUACACACCCAUGCCCACUCCUGCUCCUGUAAUGGCAUCCAACCUCCCCGCUGUGAUCAGCAAUCAUACCAUCCGCCCCCAUUCUUCUCUCCCCACAACCCACACCUUCUGGCAGCCCAUGAACAUGUCACACUCAGACUGUCCUGCCCCAAAUACUAUCUUGUUUGUCCCACAUCUGGAAUGCGCUUUUUCCUCUGACUCCCCAAGGAGAACCCUCCCAGGCCCCCUCCUCUGCAACAGCCUCUCCUCCAACCUCAGCACCAUCCUGCCCCCUCCUCUACCGCCUGUCCGGUGGAGCAGGCCCGGCCCAAGUCUCCAUGCCUGGAGGGCAGCCCAUUCUGGACAUAGCGCAUGCCCAGAACUGCCUCCACAGCCGGCUUCCUCUGCGGCUCUCUCUUCACAAGACACGGAAGAGUUUUGGGGCCUGCUGGUGUGGCAUUGCUUCUAUGAUGGCUAAAAACAGCUGGGAAGCUAGAAGACACGCCUAAACCAAGCUCAGGACAGCGACUUGUUAGCCAAAAGCUUAAAUUCAGGCCCCAAAUCCAAGUGUGGCAUUGUGUCAAAUGAGGCUGAGACUCCGCGUCACCUCAGCUCACCAGGCACUUCUGAGGCAAACCCUGACAGGUGCAUUUCAGUCCCCUGCCCAGGAUGCACCCCAGCCCCGCUUGGCAUGCGGCAUCUUUCAUAGCAGAUGCCCUCUGCUUCUGAGAUCAUCCUUCCAUCUCCUCACAAAACUCAGUGGAAACAGACAUCCUGCAAUCAAAAUGAAGAGCUAGUCACCCAGACACUUUCAACACCUACAGCUGGGGAGGCUGAGUAAAUUAAUGCAAAAUUAGGGUGACAAUUUUUGAAUAUAUUUCCCACCUUUUAUUUCCAUCGGUAUCAUCCGUUUAAAAAGAAUGACAAGAAGAUUCCCAUCAGUCCAAACUGGACCACCCACACUUUGAAAAAGUUGGAGCAUUUCAGCCGGCUCCGCAUGAUCCAUCCUGUCUUCAGCCAGUGCCUUCUGGAAGGGAGGGAAAGUCUUGGAUGCACCUGGCACUCAAUCCACUCGGCACCUGGCUGCUGCUGCGGUCCUGGGGCUGGAAGGAACUCCCACUGGGCACACAUCUACAGAGGAGUGCGUGGCGCAGUGAGGACGGUUACUGCUGGAGCCGACACACAGCGAACUACAUACUUUUAGAAAGAGCCUCUGUCACAUGGCUGGAACAACAACAACAAAAAAAAACCC